GCUUAACGUCCCCGGCAUGAUCUAUGUCAAGGAGAGUGGUCGGAACCGGAUUGAGCGAGAUCUCGCGGCAGCGGUCGCACACACAGGCACCGAGGCUGUGAGGAGGGCCCUGAACACUCUGAACUCUAUCAAGGACCAUUUGGGUCAAGAUGACCAUGAGCUGAAGGCCAUCUUGAACAGCAAGGAGAAACCCUUGCUGCUCAAGGCAGCCGAGGCUGGCAAUGCCGAGCUCAUGAGCGUCUUCUUGCGAUAUGGUGCAGAUAUCGACAUCAAGGACGCAGCCUCCGGCCAGACCGCCUUGCACAAGGUGAUGGAAGGUGGAUACGAACGAGCAAUGUGGCUGCUGCUGGAAAAUGGGGCAGACUGGAAUGUGACGGAUAAGGACGGCAUUGCCCCCCUUAUGGAAGGCCUUCUACGGCUUCGCAGCGAACCGGACAACGAGUACCUGGGCCGGGCGGUGUGCAUCCUCUCGCAGGUGACGAAGAUAGACUAUGUGAGAAAAAUCCGAAGCCAGCUGAAGCAAGCGGUGAAGAAAAGGCUUAAGCAAAGCACAGAGCUGCCAGCGCACUGCCAAGAUGGCGAUGUGCGCAAAGUGCGAGAGUUGCUGAACAGCUAUGCAGACGCCGACUCCCGGGGGGCUGACAACGAACGCGGACUCCACAAAGCUUUGUCACCCGUCGGAGGUGUCCGGAAUUUCACCCCGGGGCACCUGCAGAUUUGCGAGCUGCUCCUGCAAUUCAGUGCAGACUGCAAGAAAGAAGACAACUUUGGGGCUACACCUCUUGCCCUCGCGGCCCGGCUCGGAUCUACUGAAGUCAUGAGUUUGCUUCAGCAACACGGAGCCACGGUGGAGUCUGUACGGGCAGAGGAUCUGGAAGCGCUGGUGUCGGAAGUGGGUGACGAGGAUGCGGAAGCUGCUCUGGAAUGGCUUCGAGACGCCGGUUGCGAUUUCACAGCCUCAACCAGAAAUGAAGGCGAGCUUCCCACCUUCGUUGCUGCCCGCCGUGGCAAUACCAGACUUUUGCAGGUUCUCGAAGAUGCUGGUUGCGACAUGGGCUGGCGCAAUCGCAGCGGGGACUCGGCCAUCGUGGCCGCCGCCAGGGCAGGCCAGACAGGUGCCGCCAGGUGGUUUCUCGAGGCAGGCUCCAUAGAUGCUGUGGACUUACAGCGUGCCCGGUAUGCAGCCAGCAAGCUCGACAAACCCGACGAAAUGCUUGAGCUGAUCGAGACGAAGUGGCGGGCGGAACGCCGUGGGCCGCUCAAUCUGCAGAACCUGUCACUGCUGGAUCGGCCAGGGGUGCCGAAGGGGUCCGAUUUUGAGAAGAUCAUGCUCACUGCGGCAGCCAAGCAAAACUCCAAGAACAGCGGCGCCUUUUACUUCGAAGUGCAACUUCUAAGCAAAAUUGAGAGGAUCAAUGUUGGCUGGGCCACCACGGCAUACCAACGAAGCAGGGAUCUCGGCUUUGACGCGGAAAGUUGGUGCUGGCAGAGCCAAGACGGCAGGACAAUGUUUCAACUGCAUGCUGCCGAGGGCCCUGAGGUGGCGCUGCCGUCGUGGGAGCCAGGAGAUGUUCUGGGUUUGGCCUUGGAUUUCGCCGCCGGCAAGAUGCGGCUUUCACAUCAGGGCAAGUGGCAGGCAGAGACUGAGGCCGGCUAUUUCAUGGACUUCCAGCCGAAUGGCCGAGAUUUGUACCCAGCUGUCACUGCAAAGUGGGGCCUGUUCCGACUACGCCUUGGCAAGGAGACCUGGAUUUUCGGACCUCCGAAAGACGGCCCCAAAGAGGGCUACGAGCCCUGGGCAUCUGGAGUCGGAGAGUGGGCCAAUGAGGCUACGUUUGGCGACCGCAGCUGGGGCUUUGACAUGCAGCUCAGUGGGAGGAGGCCGCGGCUUCUAGGGCUCGAGGCCCUCGGCUGCGAAGUCCCAAAAUCCAUCAGCGACUUCUUCGCAGCCGGCCUCCCGGAACUCUCCCGAGCUUCCGGGAAGUUCUACUAUGAGCUGCGCCUGCUGAGCCGCCCAGAGAGUCCUCGGGUUGGCUGGGCCACGGAAGAUUUUCAUGGUGGUGCCAUAGGAGACGAUCCGGAGAGCUUUGCCUUCGAGGGAUGGCGGAUGAUGAAGUGGAAUGCCGGCGAGAGGUCGCAG